AUGAAAACUUUGAAAAAAUUCACCGAAAUAGUUCAGCCGUCGAUCAAUGCAUCGACUUAUACUAGUAGCUGUGUAGCAUUUACAAGGGAAAGAAAACAUUUUUUUAUUCCACUGUUGUGUUUCAGGGCCUUCGAUGAAUUUGAUACCUUUGUAUCAUGUUUUAAUCGUUAUCGAACCAAUAAAGCUGCAUAUUAUAUAUCUGCUUUGAAUACAUUAUGGAAUGGUCCUAAAUGUUAUUUUCGACAAUCAGCAGAAAGUCAUAUUAAAUGUGAAAACCCGUGGUUAUCUAUUGUUAUAGCUGCACAUCCAAAUGCUAUUAUGAAUAUUUUAAAAGAAGAAAAUUGUCAAUUAGGUAUAGAUGGUUUAUUUUCAAGAUUUGUAUUUUCUGCGUGUAUAUUGCCAGAAAAUGUUCAUAAACGUAGUAAGCGUGAAAUGGUUAAAAUAACUGGUGAUUACAAUACUGAUUCAUGUAGUUACCCAAGCCUAACUCAUAUUAUGUACUUCAUACAUCUUAUGCAUCAUGAGGGACCAUUAACAUUAAAAAUUUCUGAAGCAGCAAAUGAUAUCCUAAUACGUACACAUGAUGAAUACAAUAAUAUGAUCAUAGAAUUUCAAGGACAUCAAGACGUUCUUUGUACAUUAUAUUCUAAAUCACGUGAUCAUUUAUAUCGUAUCUGUGGUUUAUUACAUUUGCUUCAUCAGGCUUGUAUUUAUGUUUUAAAAGCUGAACCACAAUUAAAAUACAUAGAUUUUGAUGAUGUAGCAGCAGAAUCAAUUCGAAAUAUGGCUAUCUUAGCAAAAGAAAAUAUAGUUGAAUAUCUCACUAUUUCACCUGGAAUAGCUCAAACAGCUGUUGAGUUGAUGAAAUUUUAUAUUGAUACUAAAAAGCUUCUAUAUGGUUUUUCAUUAAUAACCAUUCCACCAGCACAAGAAAUGAAUAUUCGUUCAUAUAUUUCUCAACAAAUACCUAUGGUAAAACAAAAAGCAUAUGACACUGAUUUUUCAACUUUAUCAUUAUCAAUAUAUCCAUUUGAUGAUUCAACAAUUGUUACAAGUAUUAAGAAAAUAUUGUUAUAUCAUGAUCGAAAAAUAUCAGUCCAACGGCUUGCACAGAUCUUAAGGCGUCCUGGUAUUAGUGCAGAAAAUAUUAAGAAAAUAUUUGCAUUCAUGCAAAAUUGUCAAAUGGGUACUAAUUUAAUUGAAAAACAGAAGAAAUAUGGCAAACCGCGAAUAUCAUUUGUUAAAGAUAAUAUUCCUGAAGAUAAAGAUUCAGAUAAAUAUAAAUUUAUGAUCGAUUUUUUAAAUCAAUUUAAUAUUACACCAGAGGAAUAUGAAGAAAACCUCACAACUCAACUUAAACAAAGAUGGGAUUAUUUUUAUGCAGAAAACUUUUCGCGGAUGACAAUCGUUAAAGAAUUUCAUCCAUAUAUAACAAUGCAUUGGCAUGAUUAA